CAAUUUAGUUGGACUCAGAUGUGUGUAUAUAAACAGAUGUAGAUGCCGCGUCUCCUAAUCUAUCCACUGCUCCAUCGCAUCGCCACAGCUAGCCCAGCGCCUGCCAAACCCUGCUGCUGCCAUUGUCGCGCGCUCCGGCGAGCUCACCGCUGCCACCAGCCACCAGGCAGCCAGCCAUGUCCAAGGCCUUCGCCAAGUCCCUCUCCCAGCUCAACAAGGCCCUCAUCAGGAGGCUCAACGCGCUCUUCAUCCGCGGGCAGCCCCCGCCGGCGAGGCCGGACGGGCGCGUGGUGCCGCCGCUGGACGCGCUCGCGUCCGGCAGCGGCGUCGCCGUGUGCAAGGUCGAGGGCGGCCUGCUCAGGUCCUCCUCCGCCUUCCCCUACUUCAUGCUCGUGGCGCUGGAGGCUGGCGGCCUCCUCAGGGGCCUCCUGCUCCUGCUGCUCUACCCGGCCCUGCGCCUGCUCGGCCACGGCCGCGCGAUCAGGGCCAUGGCCGCCGUGAGCUUCCUCGGGCUGCAAAAGGACGCGUUCCGGGCGGGCAGGGCGGCGCUGCCCAGGCUGCUCCUGGAGGACGUGAGCGCCGAGGUGUUCGACGCGGCGGUGGCGUCGUCCCGCCGGCGCGUCGUGUGCGUGAGCGCCAUGCCGCGGGUGAUGGUGGAGCCGUUCCUGAGAGAGUACCUCGGCGUCGGCGCCGUCGUGGCGCCGGAGAUGAGGGAGUUCAGGGGGCGUUACCUGGGCGUCAUGCAGGAUGAAAGCGAGGUGCUGCGAGGGCUGGACGUGGAGAAGGUGAUCGCGGCCAGGGAGGAGAAGGGCCGUGACGGUGACGACGUCGUGGGCGUUGGUGGACUCGGGUCCUCGUUUCUCCACCUCUUCCAAAACCACUGCAAGGAGGUAUACGUGCCGACCGAGUCGGCGCGGCGGCGAUGGCACGCGCUCCCGCGCCGGCGCUACCCGAAGCCGCUCAUCUUCCACGACGGCCGCAUCGCGUUCCGGCCGACGCCCGCCGCGACGCUCGCCAUGUUCAUGUGGCUGCCGCUGGGCGCGGCCCUCGCCGUCGCCCGCAUCGCCUCCUUCCUCGUCCUCCCGUUCUCCCUCUCCGUGCCCCUCCUCGCGGCCCUCGGCAUGCACAACCGCAUCAUCGCCAACCCCUCCUCGGCGGCCACCAACCUCUUCGCCUGCAACCACCGCUCCCUUCUCGACCCGCUCUACGUGGCCGUGGUCGCCGGGCGCGCCGACCUCGCCGCGGCCACGUACAGCAUCAGCCGCCUCUCGGAGAUCCUGUCGCCGAUCCCCACCUUCCGCCUCACCCGCGACCGCGCGGCGGACUGCGCCGCCAUGCAGGCGAAGCUUUCCGGCGGCGGCGGAGGGGGCGGGCUGGUGGUCUGCCCCGAGGGCACCACCUGCCGCGAGCCGUUCCUGCUGCGGUUCAGCCCGCUGUUCGCCGAGCUCGGGCGCGACGUGGCGCCCGUGGCGCUGCACUCGGCGGUGGGCAUGUUCCACGGCACGACGGCGGGGGGUUGGAAGGCGCUGGACCCGCUGUUCCUGCUCAUGAACCCCGUGCCGGCCUACAUCGUGCAGUUCUUGGACACCAUCAAGUGCGGCGGCGGCGGGGGGGUGCCGGAGGCGGCGCGCGCCGUGGCGAACGAGGUGCAGCGGCGGAUCGCGGAGGCGCUGGGGUACACGUGCACGGGGCUGACGAGGAGGGACAAGUACCUCAUGCUCGCCGGCAACGAAGGCCUCGUCGACGUCGACCACGGCGCCAAGAAGAAAACCGCUUCUACUACCUAGUAUUGUGCUUACAGGCUUCAGCGGAGGAUAAUAUAUAUAAUAACAAAAAGAUCAAUUAAACUUUUUUGUGUUGUUCUACGUUAUAUGAUCUGUAUAUACGCAAGGUAGUGGGCAAAAAUCGUGUGCGUGUAAAGUUUGACAGAUAAACUUUGAGUUAAUAAAGAUGUCAGUUGGAUCAA